AUGUUUUCCUCGAAACCCGCAACCCCGUCAACCGGGCUCUCUAUCAACACGAACUCCGCCAAUUCUCUCUUUGGUGGCAAUACGAAUCAAUCCGCAAAUACGCCGGCUACGACAAGUUCCGGGGGGGGUCUAUUCGGGACGGCCGCGACGCAAUCAAAGCCAGCUGGUAGCUUAUUCGGCAACACUGGGAUGGGUACUACACAACAAACUCAGUCUUCAGGGUCAAGCUUGUUUUCAGGGCUGGGUGGCCAGCAAAAUAGCACGUCUGGUAGCGGAUUGUUCGGCAACACCACAGCUACCACCACACAACAGCAGCCAGGCGGUCUUUUCUCCGGCACUACUGGCACCAACAAUCAAGCGAACAGUUCUGGAGGGCUUUUUGGGAACACGGCAUCGGGUGCCACGAGUCAAGCCCAGUCGAAACCCACGUUCGGUCUUGGGGCUACGUCUACGACCAAUAAUAUCUUUGGUACAAAUCCGGGUGCCGGUCAGCAACAGCAACAACAGCAGCAACAGCAGGCUCAAAAACCGACACUAUCGCUCUUCGGAACUCAAAACACCACUUCGCAGCAGCCCACACAGCAAACACCGGCAGCGGGAUCUAACACGGUCAUCCAAGGUGUCAAGGUGGAUAUCACUAACCUUCUGCCGACCACCAAGUACGAAAGCUGCGCGGAUGAGGUUAAGGCAGAGCUUGAACGGUUCGAUACCUUCAUUGUUAAUCAGAUAAAUAUGUGCAACGAAGUCGCCAGUAUCCUUCCUCUGGUUGCGUCUCAAGGUAGCACUAUACCGAAUGACGUGGAGUAUGUCCAAGGCAAGCUAGAAACGAUGCAGCAUGCUUUGGAAAAUGAUGCCAGCGAUAUCGAUCAGCUGCGUAGCCUCGUAUCUCGGGAUGCAGCGGAGGCUCAGGUCGCCUUCCGUGCUAUUGACACCCUCAAGCUACCUUUGCAGUACCAGUCAACCGGGGGUUCCGGGUGGUGGUCCGCUCAAGAUCAAAAGGUGUCGGAUUCUCAGUCCUUGCGGUCGACACGCAAGAGCACUCUUGCGCUCCCAGAUGAUGUUGAAGGUGAACCGUCCAUGAGCACCAUCAAUGGAGUUCCGGUAAACCUGGUAGAAUAUUUCUCCCAGCGAUCGGAUGAGAUGGGUGUGGUUCUUGAGCGCUAUACUCGGAACCUUAAAGAAAUCGAGGACCAUCUUCACGGGGUUGAGUCCACUUUGGAGCGGCAGAUUCAUGAGUUUACAACUUCCCGUAAUCGCGACAGCGCAGGAAACGGGGCUCCGAAGACAGUUUUGAACGACCUUGCUGCUGUUUUGGCUGACGUCGAGACGGGUAUCUUGGGUGUUGCUAGCCGUUUAGGCGCAGUCACGGAGCAGGCGCAGGAAGUCGUGCUCGGCGCACCGUCUGGUUUGAGGCAAGCGUAG